AUGGACAGCGACGAUGACUUCAAGACUGCCACUCGAUCGGUCCCGUCUGAUGCGAAAGGGAAGGGGAGAGCAGUGGAACCUGCUGAGGAACACGAACUCGAUAAUCUCCCCUGGGUGGAGAAAUAUCGCCCAGUGACCUUGGAUGACGUUGUAUCGCAUAAGGAUAUUACUUGCACCAUCGAGAACUUUAUACAGAAGAACCGAUUGCCUCACCUCCUCUUCUACGGACCGCCUGGAACAGGGAAGACAUCUACGAUUCUCGCAGUAGCCCGCCGAAUAUACGGAGAUGACUUCCGGAAACAAAUCCUAGAGCUGAACGCGUCGGACGACCGUGGCAUUGAUGUUGUUCGCGAACAAAUCAAACAGUUCGCCGAAACCCGCACGCUAUUCUCAAAGGGCUACAAGCUUAUCAUCCUCGAUGAAGCGGACAUGAUGACACAGGCCGCGCAGGCUGCGCUCCGCCGCGUGAUAGAGCAGUACACGAAGAACGUUCGAUUUUGCAUUAUUUGUAACUAUGUGAACAAGAUUACGCCAGCGAUUCAAAGUCGUUGUACCCGAUUCCGAUUUUCACCACUCCCGAUCCCGGAGGUAGAGAGGCGAGUGCAGACAGUCGUCGACGCCGAAGGAGUACAGCUGAGGGAAGACGGAAAGAAAGCGCUGCUCAAGCUUUCCAAAGGAGACAUGCGACGAGCAUUGAACGUCCUUCAGGCGUGCCAUGCUGCAUACGACGAGAUUGGAGAGACAGAAAUCUACAAUUGCACUGGCAACCCACAUCCGUCCGACAUUGAAACCAUCGUGAAUUCAAUGCUAGCGGACGAGUUCACCACGUCGUACCAAAGUGUGAUCAAUGCCUUGAAGACGGAGCGUGGUCUUGCGCUCCAAGACCUGCUAGCUGGUGCCUUCGACUACAUUGAAACCAUUGAGCUAAAGCCUCAUGCGCGGGCAUAUCUCCUUGACCACUUGGCCACAACGGAAUAUCGACUAUCGACGGGGGGAAGCGAAAAGAUUCAGCUCACAGCGCUGCUUGGCGCCUUUAAGGAGAUGGUCGAGCUCCAAGCGAAGUGA